GAUUGGUCCGUGAGCUUGGUACCCAGACUUCCCGCCGCUGUAAGUACGCGUAGAGAGAGAGCAUCCAGCUAACCGCAUCGCUCAAUCAUGCCUAAAUCAAAAGAAGUGUUGUCCUCCACGUCUAGCAGUGAUUCUGACAGCGAAGCAGAAACAAAGGCCAAGAGAAAGAAGCCGAGUGCCCCAGAGAAGCCUGCUAAAAAGCAGAAGAGUGGAGAGACCUCCAAACCCAGCAGCUCCUCUAAGAGUGAUCGGAGUAAUGAUGAUAACAUGUUCCAGAUUGGGAAGUUGCGGUACGUUAGUGUCAGAGAUUUCAAAGGAAAAGUUUUGAUUGACAUUCGAGAAUACUGGAUGGACCAAGCCGGUGAAAUGAAGCCUGGUAAAAAAGGUAUCGCAUUGAACCCAGAACAGUGGAACCAGCUGAAGGAACAAAUUUCAGACAUUGAUGAUGCAAUAAGACGAGCGUAAGAUCUGUCUGUGUAUGUCAGUGGGAGGGUUGGGCUGGGUCGGGCAUGGCAAAGUGUUUUUAGAAUCCCAUAUUCUGGCAUCUGGGCACUUUGUAAAACACAGAUUUUCUUGUUUUUUUUCUGCUUGUUAUGUGGUUGCAGUUUAGUUGAGGAGUGUUUUUGUUUGGUGUAUUGCUGUCCAGAACUCAGAACUGCUGUUUGAUGUUUGUAAUGGAUGACUGUAAGUCUGGGUGAGCAUUGUUUUGAGAAUAAAAUUGCUACAAAGGUU